AUGUACGAUGGAUUCUCUGUCUCCGAUGAAACAGAUAAAUAUCAACUCUUUCUUGCAGGACCUGCCACGGGAACCUUAGGUGACAGUAUGCUCAAUACCGGCUAUGCUGGGGCCGAUCUGUCCGGGAUGUACUUUAGUACCCCAGAGAGAGAUAACGACGGGUCCAGUAAAAACUGUGCUGCUCUCAGUAACCAUAGAGGAGGCUGGUGGUUUAACAACUGUAACUGGGCCUUCCUCAACGGUCAGUUGUAUCCAACAAUCUCCUACUGUAAAUGGUGUUAUACAUUAGAGAUUGGGGCAUCGAUAAGGGAGACAAUGAUGAUGAUAAGACGUCACUAG